AAGUGAAUCGUACUCAAAAAGAACAAGAAAAAAAACCUAUCUCAUCCUUUUUUUUUUCAAUAAAAUUCAGGACGUAUUUGGGCGGCUGAUGUAGUGGAAAUUGAGUUACGUUUGAAGUUUGAUGCUAUUAUUUUAUCGUGGACAGUCGACACCGCCUCUGUGCAGCGAACUUGAUUUUCUGGAGGGGGCUUGUUACUGAUUACUGUCAUGGAUCUUAAACCAUUUAAACUAGACAUAGAUGACCUUAUAAGUGAAUUCGCUGAGGGCGGAUCAACUACUCUUGCGGAGAUGAAGAGAGUAUGGCUUUCAAAAAAAUUCUCCUUUAUUUUUGAGGCAAGUCCUUCCACAAAUCAGGCAUGCUUUAUGCAAUCACUCUUUGCUUAUUCAGUUGGCUAUGCAAUAUCUACUCGCUCUUUAUCACAUAGACUGGGUGGCCUUUAUUGCUUAUAUUGCCUUUUUGAGACUCAGCCAUUUAAGCCUCCUUUCAAGAUAUAUCUAUCUCUUGGCGAAUUGAAGAGGUUGCGAAGCCUUGUUGCAGAUGCAAAAGCCAACAAUAUAAAAGUUGUCUGUGCUUUAGUCAAAAGAAUGUUGGAAAGGAACAUGUUUCUCUUUGGGUUUGUGGAUAUAAAUGAAGGCUCUACAACAGAAAGAGUAAAUGAACUUACAGAGAUACAGAAUGCUAGAGUCCAAACUGCAUAUGAGAAGUUGUUUGCAAAUACACGAAUUGAGCACUUCACCCAUUUGGACAUGGGAAAGGAACUUGAUGCAGAUUUGAUCAAACAAAGUUCAACAGAAUAUGCAAUGGCCAAGAAACAAGCCAUUGAAGAGGCUAGCAAGAUUGUAGAUAUCGAAAACAUAAAACACAUAGUGGAGAAUAAGAGAUCGGUUGGAGAAACAAUCGAGCAGAAAGCCGCAGAUUGGAAUGCACAGAAGGAUGCAUUCUAUCAACAAACAGGAUGUGCUCAUCAGUUGGCUAUGGAACCUGUACAUCAGGAAGAACCAAUGCAAGUUGAUGAAAAUUUAGAGGAAGCGGGUGAAUUGCAGGAAGACGACAAUGAUGAGUUUGGGAAGGAGCUGGAAGAUGUUCUUUUGUCCGAACAGCUCUUGCUCGAAAAUGAGGAAGAAGCAGAAGAUUUUGAGCAGGAUUGAUUUCAUUGAAGGAUUGAAAAUGAAGUUUUGACAUGAGCCAUCAAACUUAUUUGUGAUUACAUAGAAGCAUAUGAUCCCAUGUGGAAUUCAAAUCUUUUGUCCAAAUCCAUCUUGUUCGUUGGGGUGUAAGAAUCAAACUAAAUUUUCAGCUUGAAAUUACAUAAAUGUUCUAAUACAAUCCAAGAUCAGGAUCUAAUCUUUCAUUCAUCUUUUUAUCCAACAUGUUUGGAGCAAUGCAUAGUGGGAAAACAAUCCUGGGAGAGAGGAAGUUAGUCACUUGAAGAAUCUUUAAUUUCUUCUGAGGCAUGUCAUCCAAGUUUAAGGUGACCAAACCAGAAUCCAAA